GUGCCCUUCCGAUCACUACCCUUUACGUUGAUUCUAAGGUAUUCAUGUAAUUCAGAUAUUAAAAGCAACGUCUGCCCAAAGUUCAAUGGAUCUGCGGCAGCAGUGUACAGUUGGACGCACUGAAACAGAUAUUUCGUCAUGGUCCUAAAGCCGUCCUCGCCUUAAACAAUCGCUCAGUGGUGCGCAGAGAAAACAAAUAUUGACCUUAUUUUGAGGUUGUUAACAAUAUCUCUCUAAAUCAGGUCACUGGCUGUAAAGCAAUAACAGAAUAGAGAUGGCAUCACCCCAGCCAGGCAGUCCGCCCACUGUAGAGCAGUACACACCUCCACCUGCAAAUAAAGAGGCCUCCAAAGAACCAGAGGAAGUUAAGGAGAAGCCCACCAGACGGAGAGGCAAAGGCAGGCCCCCCAAACCUAAACCCUCUUAUAAAUGUGCUGCCUGCAAGGAAGCAUUUUCCAGUCCAGCAGCACUACGGAGCCACAAGGUCUCAAAGCAUGGAUGGCUUGAAUGGCAAGGACAACACACCUGCGUCCAGUGCAAUAAGGCUUUCCCCAGCCGAGCCCAGCUCUCGAAGCACCAGCGCUCCCACUCUGACAACCGUCCGUUCCAGUGUCCCCAGUGUCACAAGGCCUACAAAACCCACACGGAGCUGCGCAACCACAGCCGCUCGCACACGGGAGAGAAGCCGUUCGUCUGCACCGAAUGCGGCAAGGCUUUCAUGCAGGCCAUCUGUCUGCGCAUCCACAUGACCCAGCACAGCGGCGAGAGGCCUCACUCUUGUCCGCAGUGCUCCAAGAGCUACCCCACCCUCUCCAAGCUGAAAGUACACCAGCGCUCGCACACGGGCGAGAAGCCCUACUUCUGCGCCGAGUGUGGGAAGAGCUUCGCCGACCCCUCGGUGUACCGCAAACACCGGCGCAAUCACCAGGGCCACCGCCCGUACUCGUGCAGCCAGUGUGACAAAACGUACACGGAACUGAAGGACCUGAAGAACCACGAGCGAUCGCACACAGGUGAAAAGCCGUAUCUAUGCUCCGACUGCGGCAAGGCCUUCUCUCGCUCCUCCUCGCUGGCUUGCCACCUGCGCAUCCACCUGCAGAACAAGCCCUACCAGUGCGGACUGUGCAACAAGGGCUUCACCCAGCGCUCCUCAUACCAGUCCCACUUGCGCACGCACUCCGGCGAGAAGCCAUUCUUGUGUCCCCAGUGUGGCAAAAUGUUCUCGGAUCCCUCCAGCUUUCGGCGACACCAAAGGGCCCACCAGGGCUUCAAACCUUACGUUUGCGACAAGUGCACCAAAAGGUUCCGGCAGCCGGCCGACCUGGCCGUGCACCAGAGAGUCCACUCGGGCCAGCGUCCCUACAAGUGCCAGAACUGUGACAAAGCCUUUGUGGCGUCCUGGGACCUGCGGCGGCACAUGCUGGUGCACACGGGCCUGCGGCCGUUUGCGUGCACCGAGUGCGGCAAGUCGUUUGCCGAGCGCUCCAGCCUCAACAAGCACCGGCGCGUGCACACCGGCGAACGGCCCUUCAAGUGCGACCAGUGCUUCAAGUCGUUCGUGGUUUCGUCCAGCCUGCGCAAGCACGAGCGGACCCACGUGGCCGAGCGGCCCCAGGAGGCCUCGGCGGUGGCCCCAGCCGAGGCGGCCCAGCCCUUCGCCACGGGCCCCACGCUUCCCCAGUUCUCCUGCGCCGUCUGCGACCUCACCUUUGGCACGUGGGAGGAGGUGCAGGCGCACGAAACCUACCACGUCACCACCACGCCGCCGCCAACGACCUCCACCAUGGUGGCGCUGCCGCUGGGGCCGCACGUGUGUGCCACCUGCCAGGCCGAGUUUGUGCAGCUCGGCGACUUGCAGGAGCACGAGAAGAUGCACCCCAAGCUGCGGCCGCACGUCUGCGAGAGCUGCGGCAAGGCCUUCCUCAACAAGGCGGGCCUGCGCAAGCACCAGCGCAUCCACUCUACCGUGCGGCCGCACGCCUGCCAGGUGUGUGGCAAGGCCUUCCUGUUUGCCGCCUACCUGCGCAAGCACUUGCGCACGCACCGCGACGCUGACCUCACUGCCGGCGGUCAGAUCGCCCACACCCAGCCCCUGCCCUCGCCGUCUCCCCCUGGCGCCGUGUCCCCCUCCGUGGGCGAGCCCACCAUUUCUCUCACUGUGCCCGUGGCGGUGCCAGUGUCUGCGUUUCAGACGGUGCCUACGCAUGUCUACAUCGACAAGGAUGAUGGACUCUGAGGGGCCCUGAUGGUGGACUGUCAAUGGACCCAUUAAUUAUUUCAAAGCAUGAGGCCUUCCACAUUUUUUUAAACAACCUCAUAGUCACACAGACAUUCAUAUAAUACAAAAUGAUAACGAAAAAGAGUUGACCAAAAAUUUGCAUGUACAGUAUAUUUCCACUAUUAAGUGUUUUUUGUCUCCAUGCUGGUUAAGCUGGAUAGAGGCUCUGUGAAGUUGUUGGCUGAUUUGAUAUGAAGUGACAUCUUACACAGAAUGGCCAGUUUCAUAAGUGCUCAGAAUGGUGACAUGGUGAUGCAUAAUGACAUAGCCAAGAUGCAGAUGCACUCCCACAUAGUUUAGAGCAGUGUUUGCAUUUUACCCGUUACAUUUCCGGUCUUUUAUGUGAAUGACUUGGUACUGUUUUAUUUCUGUAAUUUAAAGCAUAACGGGAUUGUUUUAUAGAAGACUAUUAAUUUAUGGCCAUGUUUUGGUUGUUCAUAAUCAAUUUCUUAAAAAUGAGAAUGAGUGAUGUGAAUGGAUGAGGAAUAUUUAGUAACCUAUGUAGUGAAAAAUUUUCAAUUUUGUGUGACUAAGGUGAACAGUAUAUACAAAUAUUUAAUAUGACCUUGUGGAAGUCAUUGAAUGUGUUGUACUUAAAAUAUUUUUAUAUGAAAUGGAGAUGUCAACAUCUCUCCCGUUCCUUCCCCACCUUUGGGCAUUUUUAUUUAAGUGAGGUAAGAAUGCAGUAAUGCGCUGUAUUUGUCUGGCACUGGUAAAACUGUGCUGAUGUCAUGAGAUGUGGCUGUUGUUUAGCACAAUAAAGUCACACAAGAA